AUGAAUGUCUGGUCUGGAGCCCUUGCGCUAGACAGCGAGUCCCAACUCCAAGGUCUACAGCUCAUUGACCGGUCCUCCAGUUGGCAAUCGGAUCUAUCAAGAGACUGCACGCUCGGGUUUCGAACCUUUGUAAACCCCGCGUUAAUACCACUAUAUGCGAGAGUUGGUCCGAACCUGGAAUUGCAUACAACGCACCUGCAAACGUCACAAUGGCUGAAGGAGAAGUUGCUCGGUGGGGUCUGGCUAGAGGAGGAGGACCUGGAUAAAUUCCAAACUAUCCAGUGCCCUGUAGGUUUUCUGGUCAGUAUCAGCAACUGCACACGUGCGAAAACGGCGUCCAGCACGACGGAUCUACUUGUUCACGGUGUCCUAUCGAGCGCGACAUCAUUCGGGCGGCCUCCUACUCCGCCUACAUCAUCCUUGCCAGGCUCCGGUGGAAUUGCUGGCCCAACUAUCCGACAGGAGCUGCGGAUCUACGCCACGCCGCUAUCUGCAUCUCUCAUCUCUAAAGCGCAAUGCCUUCCGUCUCCGGAUCGGGCGGAGGCGCUGGCUGGCGACGGGCGACCUGCGGAGUUUCUACCGGACAUCCGAUCCCCAAGUCCCAAGCGCAAGCGAGUUGCAACCCUCUUUGAAACGGUUGCGCAACAUCACCGGCGGGUACGACAGAAGGGUGGCGAGGCCGUGUCCCAAUUGAUGGCGCACUCGCUCUCACAGUCCUCUCAGAAACAACUGCAGACCUUCCGGGUGAAAGAGGAACCUGAGGAGCCCAAUCUAUUGGCUUUGGAUCGCAACGCAUCGCAGCGGUCACGGUCUCUCUCGGUCGGGACGAAUCUGCUCUCUGCCAAACCGUUGGAGGCGCGGGCGGAACCUCCGCGGCCCAGCAGUAACCGGAGCCAAGCGCGUGAAUUCGUCUCGCGGAGGAACACCCCCAAUCCGUUUAUCGAGUCCAUCGUAAAAGAAAAACGAGAGCCAUCGCCGGCAUUACUAUCUUUUGAAGGGAAACAGGAGCCCUCAUCGACCCCAAAGGAUGCCGAGGGUAUCAUUAUGGACAACAAGAAUAUCAUCACGCGUACUAUUCUGACAUGCAUGCGGUUAUACGGAUACAACAGAGCCACGUCCCGAUCUGGAGGAUCAAGCAAAACCGCCACGGGGAUCAACGCCCCUGACGAGGAUUCUCGUCUGACCUCGGAUGGCAUUCCAUUGCCCACGUCGGCCUCUGGUACAGACGAAGAUGAAUUCAAGGCAAUGUACCAUGCCACCUACCGCGCCUCAACGUUUGCGCUCCGAAAAUACCUGAAAGAACCACCCGCCGACGGUGACCACUCGAAGGUAUUACCGCCGGUGUUGGACAAAGGGAAGGCGAUGAACUAUAUCGAUGAAUUCCUGCGAUUGUUCUGCGAGGAAACCUAA